AUGUCUCUGUCAACCCUAGAAUUAGUAAUCAUGCAAUUGAGCGAAUCUCAAGAUAGCCAGAAACAUGUUAAUUUUCGUGACAGUAAAUUAACAAGACUGUUGCAGACUUCGCUUGGCGGUAAUGCUAUGACGGAUAUACUGUGCGCCGUGACUCCAGCUGCUUUGGAAGAAACUCAAUGCACUUUGUCGUUCGCAUGUCGCGCUAAAAGUGUAAAAAACAAACCAGAAAUUAACGAAGUUAUGUCCGAUGCAGCACUUUUGAAACUAUACGCGAAACAAUUAUCGAAACUUCAAGCAGAAUUACAGAGAAUAAAAACAGAAAAUCGCGUAGCAGAAGGUAAAGCAAUGGAGUCGAAAUUACAGGAAAAAGAACGCGUCAAUCAGUUGUUGGAAGAGCGUAUAGAAUUGUUGAAGAUGCGAUCGUGUCUGGAAAUACUACGAAUCAAGAAUCGUUCAAGUAUAAAUCUAAACGGAGACAAACAUGGGGUGGUUCGGGAUUAUUUAAUCAACAUUUGCCUUCUUUUAAGCCUGCAACUGAGUUAUCGCCUAUAA